AUGACAUUCUGCUGCCUCCUCCCUCCUCCCAUCUUUGCAGGUGGAGCCGUUGGUAAAUCCGAUUCAGUCGCAGCCUUCAAAAACCCUUGCCCGGACGACUCGGAUGACAUUCUGCUGCUUCCUCCCUCCUCCCUCCUCCCAUCCGUGCAGGUGGAGCCACUGGUGGCGUCCGAUUCAGUGGCAGCCUUCAAAGACCCUCUCUUGGACGCCCCGGAUGACAUUCUGCUGCGCCUCGCCCGCCUGGCUCUCUCCUGCACCGCCAUGCCCACGGCCUCGCGCCCCUCCAUGGGCAAGGUGUUGGGGGAGCUGGUGGCGGUGAGGGGGGAGAUAGUGGGCGAGGAGGUGGACAAGGUGGCAUCGCGCAUCGACAGCGAGAUUGACACGUCCAGCGACCUCGACUUCAACGCUUCCAUUGCCCGUGCUCACCAGAUUGCCAUGCAGAGCGGCUCCUCUCAUACUGUGUGA